AUUCGAAAAGGACUUGGAAAAUGGACGCAUUGGGAGGCGGGGGAUUCUGGCGGAGCUUCCGCGCGAGAGGCCGAAACCCUCGCCGGAAAAGCACCAAAUCCUCAUCGGAAUCCUCCAUCGGAGGCCGCACGACGAGUGGCUGGUCUAUGGUUGACUUCCCCUUUAAGCAGGCCGCCGUUGCCUCCUCUCUCACUCUCGCUGGCGACACCAUCGCUCAAGCCCGUGACCUCCUCUUUCCUUGUCGUCCGCCUGCCGGGUCGAAUGCGGAGGAUAAGGACGCCUCAACAUUUCAGCCAACUUAUGAUUGGCUUCGCGCCAUGCGAAUGGCUUCCUAUGGGUUUCUUCUCUAUGGCCCAGGGACAUAUGUGUGGUAUCAGUUUCUUGAUCGUUGUAUGCCUAACCCAACAUUGGUAAACUUAUCAGUGAAGGUUCUGCUGAACCAGAUUAUACUUGGUCCAUCUGUUAUUGCUGUUAUCUUUGCAUGGAAUAAUUUAUGGCUUGGGAAGUUAUCUGACCUGCCUAACAAAUACCAGAAGGAUGCUCUUCCUACACUUCUUUAUGGUUUUAGGUUCUGGAUUCCUGUCACCAUACUAAAUUUUGGGUUGGUUCCUCUCUCUACUCGUGUUGCGUUCAUGUCCACCUGUUCAAUAUUUUGGAACUUCUACUUAUCGUCAGUCUGUAAAUGAUCUGUUAAAGCUCAUCUGGCAGCACUGAGCCUCUUCUCGUUUUGGUAACUAAUUGAUUUAUCUGCUUUCUCAGUUUAUUUUCCUUUAUUGAUGAAUCGAUAUCAUUUUAGAGCUUCAUCUGAAGGAAGAUUAGAGAAUAUUUUUGUCAACAAUUAAUGAAUAAUUGCUACUUUCCGAGUUAAUUCUACUGUUGAAUUCAUUUGCUAUUUUUGGCUUAAUCCAAGCUGAAACAAAAUUUCUCU